AGUGGGCUAUUUGUUCGGCCAUUUUUCGGUAUUUUGGCCCGUUUUUUUUUAUCAGUAAAGUUGGAAAAAAAAUCGGCCGAUUUUGCCGAUCGGCCGAUUUUCGCGGCAAUGAUGGGCAAAUCGGGCCGAUUUUUUACCGAUAAAAAAUCUGCGCAUGAGCAGUGACCUGCAAGAGGAUGAUGAUGAUGAUGGAUGAUGAAGAAGAAGAGGAUGAUGAUGGUGGGGAAGAAGAAGAGGAGGAGGAUGAUGAUGAAGAAGAGGAGGAGGAGGAGGAGGAUGAUGGUGGUUGAAGAAGAAGAGGAGGAGGAGGAGGAUGAUGGUGGUUGAAGAAGAAGAAGAGUAGGAGGGAGGAGGAUGAUGAUGAGGUUGGAAGAGAGGAGGAUGAUGAUGA